ACCUCCGUGGGCCAAUGAGGAUUGCGGUCGCGCUGAUACCUUUCCGUCCCAGGUGGGCUGAGAGUUUUGGUGAAGUGCUGUGUACGUUGUGCUGUGCCGCGGGAGAGAUGGCUACACGUUUGCGAAACAACAAAUGCACUGUUAUCGGGGGCUCCGGCUUUUUGGGCCAACGUCUGGUGACAAAGCUUCUGGAGAAAGGGUACCGUGUUAAUAUUUUGGAUAUCCGAAAACCAUCCGCGAGUGAAGGAGUUCCGUUUUUUAUUGCGGAUCUCUGCUGUAAAGAGGAUAUACUGCCAGCAAUUCAAGAUGUGAAUAUCGUAUUUCAUUGUGCUUCUCCACCACCUUCCAGCGACGACAGAGAACUGUUCUACAAGGUCAAUUACACAGGGACCAAAACAAUAAUUGAGGCAUGCAAGGAAGCUGGUGUUCAAAAACUGGUGCUGACUAGUAGUGCAAGUGUUGUAUUUGAAGGCAGAGACCUAAAGAAUGGUUCUGAAGACCUACCAUAUGCUAAAAAACCCGUUGACUACUAUUCACAAACAAAGAUCUUGCAGGAAAUGGAAGUUCUCAAUGCUAAUGAUCCGGAAAAAAACUUCAUGACGAUUGCAAUUCGUCCUCAUGGCAUAUUUGGACCACAAGAUCCACACUUAGUACCUGUCCUUGUACAAGCUGCAAGGAGUGGCAAGAUGAAGUUUGUGAUUGGUAAUGGUAAGAACCUGGUAGAUUUUACCUAUGUUGAUAACGUUGUACAUGGGCUAAUCCUAGCAGCAGAAAAUCUUCACUCAAAUUCACACAUCUGUGGAAAGGCUUAUCAUAUCACAAACGAUGAACCAAUUCCCUUCUGGACUUUCUUGUCGGAGCUAUUGGUUGGAUUAAAUUAUGAUCGUCCAAAGUAUCACAUACCUUACCUGUUUGCAUAUUACCUGGCUGCCUUGCUCUCAAUUUUAUUAUUCCUGCUGAAGCCAUUUUUAACCCUUAAACCUACCUUCACUCCCAUGAGAGUGGCAUUAGCAGGAACAUUCCAUUAUUACAGUUGUGAAAGAGCAAAGAGAGAUCUGGGGUAUAAACCUGUCAUCUGUCUGAGUGAAGGAAUAAAGUUUACAAUUCAAAGUUUUGCAUACCUCAAAAGAUUAAAAGAAUGAUAGUUUCAGUCAGCCAGAUAUCUGAUGUAUUACCUAUUUGACAGUCAAGUUGUAAAUAGAUUUAAUUAUUUGAAAUAACCAUUGCUAUGAUUGGUGCCCUAUUUGAAAAAUUCUUUACUCUUGAGUGAAUCCAUGCAUGAUCUGACUGGUGUCCUUUUGGGAUGUAGACCCAAUAUGAAAGUACACUAUUGGUUGUAAAAGAGCCAUUGGUUACAAACCAAACCAUGUAUAUUCUGUGAUAUCUAGAUAGAGGAUGUUUGCUGGUGCAGUGUUUUGAUGAAUUCUCGAACUACAACUGGUAAACUGAAACAAGUUAAUGAAAAGCUCAACUCCUAAACUGUAAAACUACAUUGCUGCUUGUAUUAGUCUUGUAAACUUUGGUAGAAAGUCUUCCAUGUUGGGGCAGGGGUUAGGGUGAGGAGGAACUGAUUGUCUUAUUGUGAUCCUUUAACUUUUUUAAAUUAAAAUAUUUCCAAAGGACAAUUUGUGGUUUCUGUGCAUUAAGUUUUAAAAUAAUUAACCUCCCCAAAUGACUCAUCUGAAUUUUAUUUUGAAACAUUAGCAUUAUUGAACUGGCAAUUAAUGUAUUAUUUCUGAUCUUUUAAAUAAAAUAUUCACAAAAAUUAUUUCUGCCAAAUUUGUUUACUAUCU